AGAUAAUGUCAAUGUGAGCAACAUGGCGGAUUUGUCGUUGGACGAUUACAUGGGCAAGAAGAAUUUCAAAGUGCAGUUUCAAAACAAUAAAGCAAAAGUAAAUACAAAAGUGUUUCAGAAAAAAUUACCAUUUGGAAAUGGCUUUAAAGGUAGAAUUCAGAAAACUACUGGUGGAUUGCAAACAAAAAAGUUUCAGAACAAAACUGCCCAAACUGGUGGAUUGCAAACUAAAAAGUUUCAAAACAAAACUUCACAAAAUGAUAUGAGACAAAAACUCUCUGUGACUAAAAAUUUUGACGCAAGGCAAAAAUUACUUCAAGCGAAGUCUGCUGCAGCUGCUCGUGAUGCUAGACAGAAAAUUAUUCUUUCACAGAAACAAAAAGGAACAUUUGAUGCUAGAUCAAGAAUUAAGAAACCUCAAGCACAGAGUCCAUCUCCAACAAAGCAACAGUUUUCAGUGACUGGAUUAGGAAAAGUGAAAGCUGGUAAUGGUGUUCAGUUUGAUUCUGCUGGAGGUUUAUCUAAAACUAUAAAUACUGGUGGAGGAGUACAGAUAGGAGGAUUGGGUGGUUUGAGAAAAACAUUAAAGAAUGAAUUUGCUAAUGGUGGAUCCCAGGUUGAAAUGUUUGGUAAUUCUAUACAGAUUACAAGAUCAGUUCCUAAUUCACAAGUUUCAUUUGAUGGUAAUAAUCAACUAACAGUCACAAAAAGGGCCUCCACAAUAAAGUUAAGUCAGCCAGUAAAAAGAGCACCAUCUCCCAUAAAAUGGUCGGAUGAAUUUGCUAGUCCUUCUCCACCAAAGAAAGCCAAUUUAAUUAAAACAUAUAAAGCUGCAGAUGCAAUUCAGAUAGCUGCCAGUCAAGCAGCCUCAGCAAGGUUAAGAAUGCCCCCACCUACAACAGCCAAGAAAACCAUACCAGUCAUCACCUCACCAAGAGAGGAAGUUUUAACUCCAAUCAGACGCAGACCACCAGUAAUAGAAGUUGAUCCUCCAAGACGUCGAGUUCCUGCCCCAUCAGCCCCAGUUGUGAAGACCAAAAGUGUCUAUCGUCCUGUUAAAGUUAAACAAGAACCUGAUGAGUACACUGUCCCAGUAUCUUAUGAUAUUGAUCAGGAUGAUGAUAUAUUGAGCCCAUUACAAGGUUUUAAAGUAUCAGUAACUAACUUAGAUCCUUGUGUAUCACAAGAUGAUUUAAUAGAAUUAUUUGGUGAAAUUGGUGCAUUAAAAAGAGCUAAAAUUAGUCGCCCUGGUUUAGGUGAAGUUGUAUAUGUUAAAAAAGAAGAUGCUCAGAGAGCUAUGUCUAGAUAUCAUGAUAGAGAGCUAGAUGGUUUACCAAUGCAAGUAAAGGUAGUGACACCAAUAUCAGCUAGAAUACAAUCUACUCCUUAUGAUAAUGAUGAUGUCUCCUCUGUUUCUAUACCAGACUCUCUCAGAUUUCCUAAGAGUUCUGCCCUGACAUCUGCUACAGUAGAAGUUCCUUUAAUCCACAGAGCAUUAUUUAAGACCGGACCACAGACAUCAACAACUCCUGUUACUUUUACUGUCAAAUUAUAAACUUAUUUCAAAGGUGUAUUGGCUAAAUGGAAAUUUUCCUUGUUAGAAAGAGUAACUUAAAUUCAGUAUGAACACAUGCCCCCCCCAUAGUUAAAAUAUACCUAUAUGGCUUGUAAUUUGUC